UUGAGGUGCAGUCAUGGCGCCGUGUAAACACAACACUGAUGUAACCCAAUGCAUCUACAGUAACGGCUGCCCUGGCCACCUGUGUUGCCUCUCCACGCUAAGGGCAAUCCGUUCUGCGCUACACUAGCCACCGGGGUCGGGUAAAUAAAAAUUUGCCGCGUAAACUGUGGCGAUCUGUUUACACCUGUAUAGACAGUUUUGCGAGAAAUAGCUCCGCAUUUGUCGUUUGCGUUCCUUUCUCGUACGACUUUGUUUCUUUCCGUUGCAGAAUGGGCGGCUUUUCUUUAAACCGCUCCCGGUCUUCGUAGUACUCCACUUCUGCUUUUCAUUGAACUACCGUACGAGAAUAAAAAAAAAAAAAGAGUCAUCUAAGAGAGAGCGCGACAGCACGUCUCCAGCGGCAUCCCUGGCUCCGUAUCCGUUUUUCGUUCACUGUUGUGUUCCUUUAUUUAACAAGGGAGGGGCUUCUUCUCCCUUUUUUUACAUUAUCUUUUUUCUCUCUUCGUCGUUCUUGAACUUCUCCGGCCUCGCUUCUUCUCCGGGCGCCCGCGCGCGCUUCUGCGUGCCGGACGACGGCCCUCCGCCCCGGUGUCAACAACGAGCAGGCCCCGCGCGACACGGUCCCGCUUCCUUGCGCAGGCUCGGAUGCGCUGCCGAAGCCCAGGGGCGGUGUCCGCCGCGCGAAAGAGCCUCCUGGGAGGGGGGAAGGCUGAGCAGAGGCGUUCGCCCAGAGGGGGCCGCGAAAAGAGGGGGAGGUUGGGGGGCUCGGUCUGGGGCUCUCGGCGGCAGCGGAUAUGGGACCACUUCCGAACGCCCCCUCCUCGCCGCUUCCGGUGCUCGCAAUGAAGCGGCGCAUCUGGAAGACAGCCUCCUCCUCUCCCUCUGCCCCAUUCAGAGGGGUUCGCCUGCGCGGGGAGGACGGGAGGCCUCGAAGAGAGAGAAAGCAGCAGCCCUUUCGAAUCUCGGUGGCGCCGCGACGAACGUUUCUCGCCUCCAGCCAAGCUCGCGUGCUGUCUCUCGGAGUCUUGCCAGUGACCAGCUGGAGUCUCGGGCACCGUCCUCUCGAUAGCCGCGACACUCCAACUGCGCGCACGUGGCGCCCGAGAAGCCGUGCGACGCCACACGAGCGCGUCCUGUCGCCGACUCGCCUGGCAUGUGCGUGCUCCACGGGGGCCGCAUUCAGCAUCGCCAUGCGGGAGCCUCGUAGAAUGACCUGGUCGCAGUUCAAAGGAUGGGCCGCCUGUCUCCGAAAAGGGCCCGCAGACGGCCCCCUGCAGCUGCGCCUGGGCAUGGCGGCCGACGUGAGCACGCUGUUCUGCAGCGACGGCCGUGAGUGGGGCAGCUACCUGACCGACUGCUUCCGGCAACAGGCGCUCACCGUCACCCAGGAGGCGCUGGACGCCAUCUCUCUGCCCUUGCCUCAGGAUAGGGCCAAGGCUUUGGGCGCUGCUAAGGUCUCUCUGCUGAUCGUGUCUCCGGACCUGCUGGAGCUGCUGGAGCGGCGUGGCGCCGAGCUCUUCUCAGUGGGCCGAUUGCUGGAAGCGGAUCGGGGCUUGGCCAUGCUGUGCGGCGUUGAGCCGCACGAGCUGGGUUCCUCACUCCGCGCCGCUUUCCCCAAUUUCUCGUCAUGGCCGCUGCUGGAGGCGCGCAACCAGGACCGCGAGUUCGUCAUACGGCUCGUCGAGACGGCCCGCGAAAUUGUGGAGCGUGCCGAUCACAGCAUGGGGCGGGGCGCGGGUGCUGGAACGCCCCAGUUUCGCCUCUGUCCGCGGAAAGUGCACCAGGGAAACACAAAGGUAUUUGCCAUGCUGAACGAGCCAGUGGAACAAACUCAGAAGUUCCAGGUGCUAUUCGAGAGUUCGGGAAUGCAUGAGCUACCCGUAAAAUGGAGGAAUCCCUACGUUCUGCAGUUUACAGUUCCAGAGACCUUCCUGCAGGUCUCGAAAGUGGUCAACGUGCAGCUCCGCUGCGAUGGCGCGCUGCUGGGCGUGCGCCAGCUCAAGUGCGAGUCGCAGAUGUCGCAGCUGCACGUGCUGCUCCAGUCGGCCACGUCGCCGUACGAGAUGCUCAGCCUCACGCUCGGCCUGGCCACGCUGCACGACGUGGACACGGCGCUGGCGACCAACCUGCACCGCAACCUGCCUGCGCGGGGCUUCCACCUGCUCGGGCCGCAGCAGCAGGUCGCCCCGGAAAAGAAGCGCAGUGAAGAACUCUUGCCAACCCUGCUUCACUUCGCUGCCCACUACGGACUUCACGAACUCAGCUUGGCACUCCUACAGUGCCCAGGUGCCAGUGCUUGCUGUCAGAUGCUGAAUUGCAAAGGUCACUCACCCGCUCAGCUGGCAUCAAAUGCGGGACACCAUCGGCUUGCUACCACGAUCAACGAAUUCCAAUCAAGAGCGUCUACACCUGCGGUGGAAGAGGACGCUCCUGUUCUCCCUCCAGCGCGAGUACAAUCCAACCCGGGCAGAGGCAGUCCACCUCGGAUGCACUACGAGAACGUGACCGUGGGCGGCGGCCACUACGCAAGUCCCGGCGCCGCGCGGGGCGCCCCCGUGUGCAACCCGUCGUACGGACUUGCGCCGCCACUGCCUCCGCCACCAGCCCCGGAGCCGCCGUCCGCUGACGACGACCAGGAGGCCGAGUACCUGAGCAUGCUGCCGCAGGUCGAGGCGCCGCCCAAAGGACAAAGCUCGGCAACAAACCAAGGUGAUCCAGACGAAGAAAAAAAGGAAACGAGUUCCACAAGUGGACAAACUGACCAAGGUACACCGGACAUGGUCUUCUCAAAUACGCAGGAGGAUCUAGUUCGCAUAAUAGAAAUGUACAAGAAGGGCGUGCCCUUCUCGCAGAUUGAGAAGCUGUUUGAUGACUGGAAGAAGAACAAUGAAAACGCCAAGAACAUUGAUGAUAGCAAUCUCCAGGCGCUUCGUGAGCUUUACAAGCAGAAGCAACGUGCAGUGCAAGCAGCCAAGCAGUCAUUCAGUCUCAGUGACCUCAGGCAAAUUAUCACCGGCAAGGGAAACAGGCGCGGAAGCCGGAGCCGUGACAUCCAGCACACGACACUUCCUAACAUGAAGCAAGACGACUCCACUGACGGCUGUCGACGUGUCAGCACCCUUAGUGCCGUCUCAACAUCCAGCAGUGGCAGCUCCACUUCGAGCGACCGACUGAGCACCCUGAGCUCCAUGAGCGCGUACGACAGCGGGGCGCACUCGGACUCGUGCGAGGAAGGACGGCCGCCGCCGCGGCCCCCGCGACUGCCGGCGCCGCGCAACCCCAAGGCGGCGACGCACCAGUACUACGCCUUUGCGCCGGGCAGCGCCGACCGGAACAACGCGCCACACCACCAGUCGCCGGCUUCCCCACAGACCGGAAACGUUGCAGCAUCCACCGUCUCAGAAGUCAGGGCGAACAGCAUACCGUCAAGCAUCUCGCUGCAUGGCAAUAUGAGCACAUCAGCCAAGUCAGCAGUGGUGAACCCAUCGGCGGGCGUGUACUACGACAUUCCGCAAGUGCCGCGGCCCGUCAUCGACCAUCGGCACAACCCGCUGCUCGACUACGACUUCCCGAUGGCCGCGCUGCGACGUGUCGCGCCGCCUCCCUGCCCCCCGGAGCCCGACGACGGCCGGCACUACUACGACAUCCCGAAGUGGGGCGCAGGCGGCGCCCCCCUUCCCGCGACCCCGUCCAGCAAGCAGCAGGUGCGGCUCAGCAUUCCCGACAUACCCGCACCUCCCGUGCCCGAUGACUGAGCGCCCUGCUGGUCAGGAGCGCGCUCGAGCCACCGCUGGGGACGCAGGCUGCAGCUCAGAUGUGCAGCUUGAAUGAGGGAGCAUCACGAAUGUCGGGAACUUCUGCGCCACAUCUGCGAUGCUGUGUUUUACUGUCGCCAGUGACGCUGGAAAACGAGCAGGAGCCAUGGCGUUGAGUGUUUAGCUGUCGGUGGUUUGCUGCCACAUUUCGGGCGGUUUCACCAGAUUAGGCAAGCUUUUGAGCAGAUUGGAUAGUUCGUGCAUGUUCCUUGCUUGGACUUGUAUGUGAAAAAGGAAAUUUACCUUCACGAUACUCAUUCAUAUAAAUAUGAGAAUCUUCAAAGAAAGAAAAGGUGAGAAAAAAGUCGAGCCUGUCAAUUGGCUCGCAACAAUUUUUUUUAUUUCCUAAAAGCCAUUCACUUGCAAGAAAGGUGGAUGUACCCAGAAGUCACUGUGCUUUCCCUAUCACGCAGCUCGGUUAUGCACGGCGUCUCGGAUUAGUGGCGCCGUUCGUGUGUUAAAGCAUACGUCACGAAAGGGCAUGAUCUCUCUUCGAGGAAGAGAUCGUAUUGUAUGAGUCAGUCAGUGUUCUUUUUCUUUUUUUUUGGAUCGCCGCCAAUCGCUGAUCUUUCUUCUUUUUUUUUAAAGAAGGAAGCCAUGGCUUGUUUGCUAUAGUUUGCUUUCUGCCCUCGUACCUUUGUGCCAUUUUCGCACCUGUUAAUAGGCAGCACUGUCACAAUUCUGUCCAAUUCUGUUGACUGCUUGUCUGAUGCUCGACCUGAUCGUUGACGUCAACUGGAAAUACCCACUCGUCAACCUUUGUCUUUGUUCCCGAGUUCCUGUUGCCUUCAGCGCUGGACUCCGCCUGUACCUAAAAGCAAACCAGCUAAAGAAGUGUGCGUACUCUUAUUAAGUGAACAAACUAAAUCUUGUUCGCUGUGUACACACGCAGAUUACCUGCCUUUCGAUACAGUCCCCUUCAGUGUUUAGUGAAACGACUGGACAGCGUGCCAUAUAGCCAGAACGCCGCUACAAUUAAAAAAAAUGGCUGUGUAAUUAUUUUUAUACGUGGUUGUUUGAAGUUGGGUGGAAUUGCGAUCGUUGGUUUAACCCGAACUUUUCCUACUGAACACUUUGCAUAAGGUCGCACUGCGGUCUGAAAUCGGAUCACUGCUCUUGUUACGUUCUGCGCAGGGAAAGUGCCAAAUCAAUUUAUGUACCAGACACAUUGAUCCGUCGUGUACGUUUCUGCGAAGAUAGUGAAUACUAUACUCCAUAAUAUUCAUAUGUGCACUUACUCGAAAGCAAGCUACAAAACACUAGAUAGCAGUCUAUCCCAUAGUAGUAUUUGUCAUUAUUAUUGUUAAUAAUUGCGUGUGAGCCGACCGAUGACGUGACCUUGCAGUUGUAUUCUUUCUAGUUACGUCUGUCUAAUAUAUAUAUAUAUAUAUAUAUAUAUAUAU